AGAGUAACUUGCUCGCUACGCGUAGUCUCCUAAGGUGCUGCCAGUGUAUGCGUAGUAAAUCCGUGUUCCACGUAACUGCUUCACUUAAGUCGUAUCUCGUAUUUCUUCGCGUCCUUCGUAUUACGCGGGUAGGCCGGAAGUCUCUACUGCAUGCAGUUAGUAGAAUUUGUAGGACCCUUCCGCCCUGCCCCGGCGUGUGUACACGCCGGGGGCGCGUGGGCGGUAUAGCUCUUGCAUGAUGAUGCGCUAUGCCUAUUAUACUUCAGACUGUGGCCAGUGCUCGCCGCUCCUAAGAAAGUAGGAAAGCAAAAAGGUGGGGUAAGCAAAAAGGUGGGCUGGAAGAAAGGAAUACAUGAGAUGAAUUAUAGCAAAUCAUUACGCACAGAAGGAGAAGCGUCGAAGAAAUUCAUUGUGUCCUGUAGUAGAAGUUGCAGUAACCCUGUAUGGAUUCCUUAACAAACAUCAAACGAAGCUUGCAAGUUCUGUUGUUCUGCUUCACAAGCAGUUCUAAGUAUGCCGUCAGUGGUCGGAGUCUUGGAAUUAUGAAACGCAGUUUCUUCUGAAAUUUAACUCAUGAUUGCGCAAUAACUUGCUAUGGCUAAUGUACAAAGAUCAAGAAAUGACUGAAUUGUUUCGUCUUGCUGAUGAUCACGCACGCUCAUUUGAGACGC